UAAGUUUUUAUUUGUUUAGUUAAAAGCGCCGAGUGACUCCGAAAGCCAUGACCCAAGUGUCAAUGACUUUCCACUCUUUUUUUCCAAUCGUUUCUUUACUUAUUGAUGUUAAGGGUUAAAAUGAUAGAGCAUAGCUUUUGCACGGCAUCUGUGGUGACUAUGUUUCUUAUCUGCUAGACAGAAGUGAAAAAUUAUCACGAAACUUAACAUGAAACUCUCAGGACGUUCAGCCUUUAGACAGAGGAUUAUCAAAUAGAAGGAGGCCUAUCGAAUGAUGUUACCCAGACAUUGUUUCCAUCUCACCCGCACGAACUCGAUUUGUAUCAAAAUGAGUUUUUCUCAUCGGUGAAACAAUUAAAAUAGGGUAAUGAACUCCGACCCGUGUUAACUGACGAGAACUGUAUGCGACUAUGUGUUAACAUAUGAAGGGCAUCGGUGCAUCAUUUCCAAAUUGCACUUGUAAAUAAUUUAUAAAGAUUCUGUUAAGCCGAUGAUGUGUAUUUUGCAACUGAACCAAAUUGUCGCCGAAGCAUGAUAAACCAUGACCAUGAGCUUAUUAUAAUCAGUUGAUUUUUCAUCCAAGGCAAUACCAUCGCCUUAAACUGAAUCUUUCCAUCAACUUGAAUCUUGGGACUAGCUUUGAAGAGUGCGGCCCAAUAUGGCAACCAGACAUGGGUGCAUGGUAAAAGUACUAAAAAAAUCCUCAGAGUGUCUGAGUACUAACAAAGCACUUGUCAUACUCAUUCUCGUAUUCUUAAUUUUGAAACCUCGCCUUUGAUGGAAUUUCAGUCUGAAAGUCUGACCCAAGCCCUGACCUAAGGGGCGCCGGGCUGUUGUGCAACCAGACUGCUCUCAGUAGCUAGGUAACCUGUCUUAUUUUAACAACGGUUUCUGUAAUAUCAACCAAUACUAUCGGCUUUCAACUAUGACCUCUCAGCUCAGUUACACAGUACUACAGUUUGAUCAGUUCCGUCGGCCCGACAAAAGAUUCCAAAGUUCAAAAUAUAGAUUGUAAAACCCCUCUUACAGUAUUAUACCCCUGUCCAAUUCUCAGAACUGAAUACCAAUUCUCAGAAGAUGAAUACUGUUGGCAAAGCUUGCUAUCAGUAUUCAUAUUCAAUUCAUUAUCUAUUACUUUUAUGUAUACGUAAUGUUUGAAAAGCUUACUCUUGCACUCUGCGAUGUCACGAACAGUUUGUUCGCAUCAGAUCGAAUCUUUGAUCAAUAUCUUCAAUUGGACUUCCUGGUAUUUCCUUUAUUUUAUGUGUGAAACGUUUGAAAACGUUACUCUAGCGUUCUUGCGAUGUCUGAACAGUUUGUUCGCAUCAGAAUUUUGAUUAUCAUCUUGGGCCCUCCAGGUAUUUAAUUUCUUUCGUGUGUAAGCGGUUUGAAAAAGUUUGUUCGCAUCAGAGUUGUUUGAAAAUAUCGUAAUCUCAUUCCGCGAUCUUAAAUAUGUGACAAUAAAGGAAACUGCUGUAAUAGUUCGAUUACUUAAAGUCUCUUUCUAAUCAUAAGCGCCCGUUGAUUAAGUUUGAAAGCGUUUUGCACUAGUAGUUUUAGUGGUUUAGUGUUCAGUUAAAUCAAUAAGGCAGCUUUAAAGUAACUUUAAGUUCAUGGUGUUUGUAGUCUGAGUACUUCUGAGAUGACAGCGUGCGUGCAGUAAGCGUCUACGCCUUCUCUUGAACUGCUGAAGUCUGUAAGCGGCGGGGUAUAGAGUUAAGUUGAGUCAAUAGGGAAUUAAUUAAUAACGUCACUGAUUUUUUUCCAUGCAUAAGCAUUUAUACGUGAAAAAAUGCAGUAAUCUGAACGUAAUUUUUCCACUUUCAUUAAAAUCUUCAUACAUCUAAAGAUGAAAGAGUGUGCGCAAAGACUUGCAUGUUUCUUUGCAUGCAAGCGCCAUUGCCCCAGCUGCAUGCUGAUCAUGUGCCAUUUUCAGGAGGCUCCCAAGAUGGCCACCGCAAGUUUGAAGGCAUUUUUUUUCCACGAUCAAUUUCAUUUAAUUCCUUCCAAAACUCAUUAGGUAACACUUUCGUCAGUAAAAAUAUCCGACUUUGCUUGAACUUUGCUUGAAAGUUUAAAAAAAGCCGUGUGGGCGCAUUCAAUCAUGGCGACAUUUGAGUUCGCAGCUGGGGAGAAGUUAGCUCAGCCGAGUAGAUAUCAAAGGAAUUUAUCUCCAAAACAAACCACUGUGUCGAUACUGUAGAAUCGAAUAAAGAUUACUGUUGUCACUAAUAUGCGAGAAGAACAGCUUUGCAUGAUGAAUAGUUUAGAUUUCUGUGACGUCAGAUUUCAAGGGCCAAUUCAUGAUAAGUUUUCAUGUUCCUGAUGACAUUUCUUUCGGUUGACUUAGCACCACUUUCCUAGGGCACAUCGCAGCGGUCAAUAUUGAUCAAACAUGAUUCCUUGCCGCACAGAUCAGGGCAAAUAACUGACCACGGCCUUCAUCAAAAAUCUGGAAACUCAAAGAUGAAGUAACAACGCAGCCCUUUUGCAGGUAAACUUCUGAGGAAUACUAGAGCGAAUUUGGACAGUUUAAAGCUUCGGAAGGGUUAGAUUUUUAGAAGUAAAGAUAAAGAAACAAUCACCUUGACUACCUUUACGUUUGAACUUUAGUAGCCAAACGCAUUGGCGGUUUGUCGUCGAUAACGCAGAAUUGCCAUUUUGAAGAAAAUAACACCCGGAAGGUUCAAGGAAAUUAAUUUCAUUUUAAGCCUAAAUCCAGCAGACGGAGAGUUUUGUUCCGUGACUUUAAAUCCGACGAGUUCCGCUGCCGCGAGCUAUGGUUGUUUGUGAUUAAGGUAACAGUUUCUUGGAAAUAUGGCUGUUACGCCUUUCGGAUUGCUCCUCGGUUUGGUUCUUCUUGUUUACGUCCCUUCGCCUACCACCGGAGAAGUCAAGCUUGGUCUCCUAAUACCGUUUAAGGAGACUGCUUCACUUGGUAACUCGUAUCAUCGCGGUGAGUUCUAUGCCUCGGCCAUGAGUAUCGCCGUAGAUGACAUAAACCGAAGGCCGGACCUGCUACCUGGUCAAAAUGUUACAUUCAUGUGGAACGAUACCCGCUGCGAAGAGUUUCAGACACUACAAUCGAUCGUUUGGCAACUGAAUGAAGGCGUUACGGCAUUUAUCGGCCCGGGAUGUAGUUGUAACACGUCCGCUAGGAUGGCAGCGUCGUUUAACAAGACCAUGAUAUCGUAUAUGUGCAGCAACCCCGAGGUCUCAUACAAGAAGCUAUACCCGACCUUCAUCCGCACGUUCGCUAUUGACACUAAACUCACACCGAGUCUACUUUCACUCCUCAAAUAUUUUAACUGGAAAAGGGUGGCAAUCAUUUACGAGAACGUAACGAAAUGGAUUGAAAUGAAGAAUAACAUGGUGAAACGCUUGAGAGCCAAGGGAAUAACUGUGUCACAAGAGCUUUUAUCACAUCCUGCGGCACUCUACAGACCACGAAACCACACCGAUUUUUUCAGGGACAUCUUUAGAAAGAUUAAACAGGAAGCUCGAAUUGUAGUUUUUGUGUCCUCCUUCUACAUGGCAAGGGAAGGAAUGCUUCACGCCUACGACGAGGGAAUGACAGAUGGUGAUUACGCUUUCAUCAUGUUUGUACUGGAUCAAAGUGAGAUGUCGCUUUACACUAAACUGACCUUUAAAUGGUUUUUCAGUAGCUACAAAACAUCUCUAAAUCGUUAUCAUCACGUGAAAAAGGCUUUCGAAGCAGCCUUUGUGUUAGCUAUCAAAAGUCCUUCAUCCAAAAGCUACCCCAACUUUACAGCAGAGUUGAAAAAGCGGUCGCGUGAUCCUCCCUUCCACAGCAAAGUGUACGAAGGCUACCUGUGGAACCAAAAUUCCAAGUUUCCUGCUAACAAAACUGAACCACCAAUUUAUGGAGCUUAUCUUUACGAUGCUGUAUACCAGUUUGCGGUUGCUCUCAACAAAACAAUGGCAAAGAAUCAGUCUGUCACAGGGAAAAUCAUUGCAGAGAAUCUACAAGAUAUUCAAUAUGACAGUAUUCUCGGUUACAAGAUUCAUUUUGACGCGAAUGGAGAUGCAGAGUUUAACUUGACUCUGUUGGACAUGCAGGCAAUACCGGACAAAUUGGAUGACCACGAGAUGGUUCCUGUUGGAGAUUUCCAAAUCACGUUUGACAAUGAAACUAGCGAAGGAGAGCAGGUUUUCAUCCGAUGGCCUAAUGUGACGAUACAAUGGCCUGGCGGACGAACCGGUCCUCCACGGGACUCCCCUGAAUGUGGUUUCCAUGGAGAACUUUGUAUCGAACCCAAGGGAGAAGAUGUAAAGACCAAAAUCAUCGCAGGAGUGUCGGGAGCACUCGCUCUCUUAUCCUUGCUACUGCUUCUUAAUAUCUACAGACAAUACAGGUUGGAACGGGAACUAAAGAGUCUACUUUGGAAGAUUGACUACAAUGAUAUUUGUUUUGAGAAGAAAAGGAACUCCCUCACCUCUUUGGGAAGCUGUGCGAGCCAUUGCAGAAGUGCCCUACAAGGCUACAGUACGUUAGAUAUGAAAGAGAACGAUCCUGAUAUGUUCGAGCCUCUUCUUGAAGACGAGGAUGAGGUUAUGAAAUACACGGCCGUUGCAGUCUACAAGGGAAACCUUGUAGCGGUCAAACGGCUUGCUAAGAAAAGUAUAGAUCUAACUCGAACCGUGUUAAUGGAACUCAAACAGAUGCGAGACCUGAGGCAUGAUAACCUGAACCCGUUUAUUGGUGCCUGUGUGGACUCGCCAAACAUCUGUAUUAUUUCACAGUACUGCUCCAAAGGAAGUCUUCAAGAUAUUUUGGAAAACGAGGAUGUUAAAUUGGAUCACAUGUUCAUUGCUUCCCUGGUGUCGGAUAUAGUGAAGGGUAUGUGUUAUAUCCAGAGCACAGACAUCAAGUCGCACGGGGAUCUCAAGUCUCCUAACUGCCUUGUGGACAGCCGCUGGGUGCUUAAAAUUGCAGAUUACGGGCUCCCUACCUUUAAAGAAAAACAAAGAAAGACAUAUCCGUCAGAAUAUGCGUAUUACAGAGACCUUCUAUGGGUUGCACCCGAGAUUCUACGUCUCCCAAAUCGUCCUGCUAGAGGUACCCAGAAAGGUGACGUUUACAGCUUUGCAAUCAUCUUGCAAGAGUUUCACACGCGGGAAGGUCCCUACAGCUCAAGCUACAUGGAUCCAAAGGAAAUUGUGAGCAGAGUACAGAACGGUGAAUUCCCACCAUUUCGUCCGACCGUGUCAGAGCUGAUUACUGGAGUUGAAGAAAUCCGGGAACUGAUGAAACAAUGUUGGGAAGAGAGUCCGGACUUACGCCCAGACUUCCACGAGAUAAAGAAGAUUGUGAACAAAAUUUUAACCAACAAUGGAAUGAAAACAAACAUUUUCGACAAUGUGGUUUACAUGAUGGAAAAGUAUGCCGAUAACCUGGAAGAGCUGGUCAUUGAAAGAACCGGUCAACUGAUCGAGGAGAAGAAGAAGACUGACGCACUGUUAGAAAGAAUGUUACCAAGACCCGUUGCAGAGCAGCUUAAGAGAGGCAAGGCAGUAGAGGCCGAAAGUUUCCACGAAGUUUCCAUUUAUUUCAGCGACAUUGUUGGAUUCACCGAACUUUCCGCAGAAAGUACUCCACUUCAGGUUGUCACUCUGUUAAAUGAUUUGUACACUUUAUUUGAUGACAUCAUAAGUGAAUAUGAUGUUUACAAGUGCGCUCCUUCUGCCCGGCAGGUGGAGACAAUUGGUGACGCAUACAUGGUAGUAUCAGGAUUACCUAUCAGGAAUGGACAUCAGCACGCGGGAGAGAUAGCGCGCAUGGCGCUGCAUCUGGUCGAAGCUGUGAAGAAAGACUUUGUGGUUCGCCACAAAAGUGAACACAAACUUAAGCUUCGCGUUGGAAUUCACAGUGGUCCUGUGGUAGCUGGCGUUGUUGGGAUAACCAUGCCUCGUUACUGUUUAUUUGGUGACACAGUCAACACUGCCUCUAGAAUGGAAUCAAAUGGAGAAGCUCUAAGAAUACACAUCAGUGAAGUGACAAAAAGAAUACUGGAAGCUUUGGGAGGCUUUAAUGUUGAAAACAGAGGCGAGGUAUACUUGAAGGGAAAAGGGAACGUUACAACAUAUUGGUUGUUAGAUGCAGUUCAGAAACCAGUCCACAAACCUCGCCGCCCGCCUCGAGUACCAAAUGGUAUCCCUUCGGAUUCACCCCUCCUUUCUCUUCCUGGAUUUAAGAGUACCCUGGCGGGAUCUUCCUCAUCCUUGGGAUUAAGACGCUCCCCGUCUCUACGCCGGAGUCAGUUCCGCGGCUCUCAGGGAUCUCCGGUUCUUAAAAGAUGGCAGAAAAUCGAGGAUCCCCCUAGGAAUUCUCCUAGAGACAGCUUUAUCAGGACCAGUGUUAAAGACCAGCAGACUAUUGUAUGAAUGGUUAUCUCAUAACACCCAAGGUCAGCUUCAAAACUCUCCUUGCAUCUUUGUAGAAAUUUCUUACUAUUCCUGAUCAGGUCAAAAUUCUCAUAAACUACCCACCUCGGUUUGCCUCACAAAGGUGACCAGAAAUUAGGAACUAAAUCACUGUCAGUUACUUUACGUCAAACUGUAACAAAUGACUUUCAAGUGAAAGUGGCAUGACAACCGAAGAAGCUAGUUACGGAUCUAUCUCGAUAACCAAACGUUGUUCCAAGCAAUUGAUGAUCCCCCGCAGGAACCGUACCUAGGAGAGAUCAGCUCGCAACUCUGGCUUCAGUUUUAAUGUCCCAGCCGCAACUUAAAGAUAACAUGCAGUAUAACUGACACUGAUUUGCAAAACAGGCACUAACCGUCACUGGUCUAAGAGAAACAGGGAAAGAAAUAAGGGGCGGCGAUUGAUCGCCACGGUAACCCAGUCUACCAGUUGAGGCAGUAAUCUACCUGUUGGAGCAUACACUAAGGCCCGUUGUCGUCAAUUUAGAGGCCAUUGUUCUGUCACUUGAAAUGAUCCUAAACAUAUCCCUAUGCGUCCGAAGAGUCUAAAAUGUUGGACCCUGCCAACAAGAGUUAUUAAGCCAUGAUCGUUCACCACCAUUACCUGAAAGUACUUAGGAGAAUAGUAGUUGAAUUUAAUUCUUGCUUUUCGCAGUGCAAAUUCAAAUUCUCAUUUGAUUCCUUCAAGACUCUUAAAAUUUUAACUAUUCCCCCUAUUGAAGAGUUUGUCAGUCUGCGAAAAUAUGUUUUAUUUACUGUGAAAAGAGGGAGAAUUUCCAUCGUAGAUAUAAGGUAGCACAGACAAAGUACAGGGAAAUGAACUUGAUAAUUUUCAGGUAAGGAACGUAUUUUGGAGACCGG